AUGGUAAUGAAUGAAGACAGCUUGAUGAUCCCCAUCGAUAAAGAUGCCUAUGAAGUUCUUAAGAAAAGAGAGGACUGUCUAAGUAACCUUAUUUACAAAAAAUUUGCUUGUACAUUGAUCUUCAAAAGUGCAAAAUGCACUAUUGAAGUAUACAGGAAAACACUAAAGCCAGGAAUUGACAUUUGUGUUUGUAAGGAUGAUCUCACAAGACAUGAGGCUGAUGCUUUGGUAAAUGCAGCAAAUGAAUACCUAGAUCAUGUAGGAGGCCUUGCUUUAGCCCUCUUGAGUGCUGGAGGGCCAGAAAUACAAGAGCAAAGCAAUCUUCAUAUUAAAAAGCAUGGAAAACUCUCAGCUGGCAAAAUAGCAGUGACAGGCGGAGGGAAGCUUCCUUGUAAGAAAAUUAUUCAUGCAGUUGGUCCAAGGUGGAGUGUUUAUGAAAGACAAAGAUGCUGUAAACAACUUAAGGAAGCUAUUAUGAAUGUUCUGAAGUACGUUAGUGCCCCAGAAAAUACUAUAAAGUCUGUGGCUAUCCCAGCAGUGAGUUCAGGUAUUUUUGCCUUCCCACUCGAUUUGUGUGCUGAGGUGAUUGUGAUGGCUAUAAAGGAAUUUGUUGAGGCAAGUUCACCAAGCUGUCUCAGAGAGAUCCGCCUGGUGAACAUCUCUGAGUAUGCAGUUGCAGCAAUGAAGAAGGCCUGUGAGGAGCUUCUGAGUGAUAGCAGUUCAGGUCAGGAAACUCUUCCUCCUUCACCAAGCCAGCUUCCCUCUUUCAUCAAACAUGGAAAAACUCGCUUGCGCCUCAUAAAAGGAGUCCUUGAAGAGCAGAAGACUACAGCUAUUGUUAAUUACGUGUCUGUGACUGGCAAGCCUGACUCUCCAGUUUCAGAGAGACUGCUGGAAAAAGCAGGUUCAGCUCUUCAGGAUGAACUUAAGUCUCAUCUCAGAUAUUCUUCAUCUUAUAAGAAUCUUGUGGUAACAAAAGGUUAUAAUCUGCCCUGUGAGUCUGUACUGCACAUUGUACAGCCGCAAAACUACUACAGGGUGUUACCGUGUGAGGAAUUAAGAGCUGCAGUGACAAAAUGCCUGCAAUACUGUCAGAACUUGCCAAAUCCCUCACUGUCUUUUCCAGCACAUGCGUUCUGUUCAUCACUGCUGCACUAUCAACAGGCAGAGAUCAUGACUGAAGAGGUUUUAAAUUUCGCCAGGGCAUGCCCUGAGAAGAAGCUAGAUGUGCAAGUUGUCUCUUGCCCAGAUGACUUUGAUGCUUAUCAGAGAGCACUUUAUUCAGCAACACAACAACUGGGCAAAGAGGAAUAUUACAACAGAAGUGAUCAGUUGAGUACCAAGUCAGGCAAUCAAAGUGUAAAAGAGCCUGUGAAUAAUGAAUCAGCAAUUGAACUUAAAGGGACCAUACGUACUGCACUGGAAGCAGCAGAAUCCUGGAUCCAGAGCAUGGUACAAAUUCAGAAGAGUCACCAUGCUGUUAUUGAGAACAACUACAUUUUUAGCCUCGGUAGGAAAGAGUUUGCAGAACUCUCUCGAGAGCAGCAUUCCAGCACCUGUGUUUCAGAAGAAGUGAGAGAUGGAAAAGCACGACUGGAAUUUCGGGGCCCUCCUGAUGCUGUGAUUGAUGCAGUGCUUGCAACUGAAAAAUUACUGCUUCGUAUGCAGGAGAAGACUGCAGCCAAGCAAGAGGAACUGCUGUACUUAAUAGGCCAGCCAGAAGCAGGUUGGCUUUCAGAAGGACAACUUCAGAAGACAAAUGAUACGAAACAUCUCCAGAUUUCACUGGUGGAAUCACACCUUCAGGAGUUUAAAGACAGACAAAAACAGUUUGAAAAAGCUGGGCUUCGCGUUCUCAAGGUAGAAAAGAUACAUAAUUCUCUUUUAUCUGCUGCAUUCCAACAAAUGAAAAAAAAAAAGGAAGAAAAACAAGGUGCCUGCAAAAUAACCCACAGGUUGUACCAGCGUGUUCUGGCUCAGUUCUGUAGCUCCGUAUGCCAGACGGGAUUUCACAGGAUGUAUUCUCCACCAGCAGAACAAAAAUACGGAGCUGGCAUCUACUUUAAAAGGAACCCAAAAAGCCUAAUUGAGGAUAAAGACAUGUGGGAAGCAGAUGCUAAAAUAUAUGUGUUUGAGGCUGAUGUAUUAACAGGCUUGUACACUAAAGGCAAGCCAUUUUAUAUUAUGCCACCAGCAGUGGAGGGGGAUGCCACUGAGGUAUAUGACAGCUUAGUAGAUGAUGUAAACAAUCCUGACACCUUUGUCAUUUGCAACAGUGUUGGGGCUCUUCCACAAUAUUUGCUAACUUGUUCCCAAGUGACUGAGAGGUACGUGGCACCCCUGAGGGAACCAGCAGGAUCCUGUAAGAAUUAA